AGUCAAUUUUCUCAUCUGGAGGUUAGCACUCACACUCUCUCAACUCCCCCCGCUUGCCGUGACUUGUCACCCAUCUAGUCCUUGAUCGGUUCAUGAGGCAUUGCUCGUGCACGAUCGAGCCGUCGCACAGUCGCAAGAACCUUGCCCCAAUUCGCUCAGCUCACGAGGCUAACUCAUCAUGCUCAUAGGUACCUCCUCGAAGGCAGUAUGUCACGCUGGCACACGGCCCCCCGAGCACUUGCUAAUAUCUAUAGAUUACCGCGAGACUGCUGCCAAGUUUCAGAAGGAAUGGCAGGUCAAGCAGCCACACCACCAAUUCUCAUUUGCGCCUCAUGUCAAGGGCCACGCGCUCGUCUCCGUCAUCAACAGAGGCCUUCUCUACCAGUCACUCGAGCGCCAACGCGCGAGCAGCCAGCUGUCUGAUGAUCUAGCUCGCACGGCAGAGGCCGAAUCGCUGCAGGUCGGCAUUUUUGGGCCCUUGAGCGCGCAGCCACCCGCCAAGGAGGAGGAUGAUGGGGUUCCCGCGACGACGAUUGAGACAGUCACCACCACCCUGACGCCAUUCGCACCACCGACGGUCACCACCACAACAGACGCGGCAUCGGCAUCGACCGCCCGAGUGCAGGAUCACGCAUCAGCGAAUUCCGCCACGCCCGUCGCCGCUUCAGCAGAGGAAACUGAAUUUCCUCGAAAACGAUCUCACCCACACCUACAGAAUGGCUCACCGAUUAAAAGGCCACGACUCAGCCAUGGAUAUGAGAAUGGCACCACCGACGCAGCUCCGGGCACGGACCCGAUGGACAUUGAUCAGGACCAGCAUGACAACCACGCAUACCCUUCACCACUGGAAGGGGAAGAAGCGACGAGCCCGAUCCCCCAUACUGAGGGCCCGGAGCAGGGCACCCAGCAUGACAAAGUCGAGGAAAUCACGCCGCACACGACGUUUAUCCGCUUGACCGACGAUAGAUCGGCCUCUGGCCACUUUGCCUCACCGGGCGCCGACAUGGGCGCGCAAGCCGCAAAUGCCCCGACACUUUUACAUUGCCAGUGGAACCCCAAGGACCCUUCGGUAUUGGCCGCUGCUGGGAGCGGGGCGCUAGCCCGAAUCUGGUCCGUCUCACGUGCGCCGACCUCAGACUCCGAGCUUCACCACGAUCACGUGCCCUCAAAUGGCCUGUCGCUGCUGGAGCCGGAUGCACCGUUAAGCACUGUCGUUUCACAGCUAGCGUGGACAAGUGAUGGAAACUCGGUGGCUCUAGUCGCCGAAUCCGGCGGGCAGACGUCGAUUCUUGUCUGCGCAUCCAACGGUGGCAUGCUCCAGACGUUUGAUUCCGCUGCCGAGCAGGUGAUCAAGCUUCUAUGGAACAGGAGCAACACGGCGCUACUGGCGAUAUCACCAUCGCCGGACGAGAACGGUGCGAUCAUUACGGUGUACCAGAAUUUCCCGAAUGGAACAUCGCAGUCCCAGUCCGUGCUGUCCUACACACUGCCAGACCACGACAUCAACGCGGCACCGCUGGAUGCGAGCUGGAUCAGCGAUCUCGAGUUUAUCAUCUGCGGAGGCAACCUCCUCGCUACACUGUUCUGUGCCGAGGACAAGAUUGUGCAGGUGCGCAAAUUUGAAACGAAACCCGACGAUGCCUUGCGCAGUGUGCUCUACGACUGGCACUCUGAGCUGACGGCAACUGGCAGUGAAACGGGGAUCUUAGACCUUUGGGAUACCAAUGGACGGCGUCGGUCCAUACAAGCCCACCAGGGUGCCAUUACCUCGAUGGAAUGGCAGCCAUUGACGGGCCCCGCGAAUUCAGAUGACGAGCGACUGAUUGCCACUGGAGGCGAAGACUGCGCCAUCCUCAUAUGGAACGCCCGCAUGCCCGAGAGUAAACAGCGUUGCUUCCUAACCAUGACCUCGCCCAUCGUGCGGCUUGCAUUCACACCCGAUGGCGCUUUCAUUGCUGGCGCGUCGGCGAGCCAGGUCUUGAUCUGGAAGGUGUCCAGCCCGACAUUCCCACGAGCUUCGUGGCGGCGCAAAUCGCACCCCGGCUGGGAGAGCCCCAGAGCGGCCUCGGAUAGCGACGAGGAGUAUGCGGAGCACUGUCUCUGUUGGGAUGCGAAUGGGCAAAAGCUGGCCUACGGCUCGAACAGCAGACUGGCCAUUAUCAACUGGCGGCGAUGACGAAGAAGAAAGACGACAAAAAAGUUCCUUUGUAUUUGAAGCCCGACUUCCUCGGGGCUACUGACCAUUCUUGGGUACCAUAUUCGGCCUUGCCGCCUUGUGUUACGAAAUCUCUACGCAUAGUACGGGCAUGGGGGGGUCUCCUUGAGUAAGCGGCGUACUGGUUGGUGGGUUGGUAUGGGGCGAGUGUCCCUGUCCCAGCGAUUCUUUCUUUACUUUUGUGUGUGUUUGUUCAAAUACCAUACGGUGCAAUCGGCGAGGUGUCAAGGGAUCAAUCAUGCGAGGAGGAUCGGAAGGCGGGCUGCUGCUACUAUCUGGCAAGCGAGUGUUCUUUUUAUCUACAGACAAGGCUGGGGCUAUCAUCUUGUACAACAAUAGUUCCACAACAUCAAUAAAGAGUUGAACUCUAU